AUGACGGAGCUUGACCUUGCCACAAAGGCGCCAGAGAACGAUGCGCAAGAGGACUCCUCGGUCGAUACGCCGGCGCAGUCCAGCCCGAUGAUGGGCGACCAUGAGCACUGUGUAACUGACAGGCCUGCUCCCGCCGGCCAAGGACCAACCGGUGAAAUCAUCAAGCUAAAUGACAUCGACGUGUACAUUUCAAAACCAGCCGACUAUCCUCAUGCGCCCACCCGCCUUCUUCUCUUUCUCACAGGCGGAACGGGCAUCAAGUCUGUCAACAAUCAGAUCCAGGCCGACAAUUACGCCGCCGAAGGCUUCCUCGUACUCAUGCCGGACAUGUUUGGCGGUGAAACAGCACCAGGAGGAAAAGAAGCCUACGUUGCUGAUAAUUCGGUGUCUCUUCUAGAACAAGUGAAGCUAAAGGCCGUGGAGAUUGCAAAAUCGUUCUUGAUCGACAUGUGGCUGGCGAGAGUGACUGAGGCCAAAAUCAUGCCGAUAUUACAUAAGGUGAUUGAAGCGGCACACGAAGAGUAUGCUGAUGCUAUCAAGCACGGCGAGGGCAUAUAUGCUGUGGGAUACUGUGUUGGAGGCCGUUAUGUCCUUCUUCUUGCCAAGGGAACGCAGGAGGACGGUAAUGACGAGGAAGCCGGGAUGAUGAAAGCUGGGCCUUAUAUCAAAGCGGGAGCUUUGGCGCAUGCUGCAUCUGUGACUCCAGACGACUUCAAGAAUCUUCAAGCACCAUUAAGCUUGGUGUGUGUCGAGAACGACGCCUUAUUCACUGAUGAGGUUCGAAAAGCAGGCGAAGACCUGAUGACGCAGGAUAACGUAGAGCAUGAGGUUCAGGUAUAUCCUGGAGUACCGCAUGGAUUCGCGGUUGCGGGCCAGUAUCAGGAAUCAAAUAUCAUGGACGCCCAGGUUACGGCAUACGAGCAAAUGCUGAGAUGGGUGAAAGACCAUUAA